GCCCCCGCCGAGCUAAAGAAGUACUGCACGAAUGAACACUCCCCCAGGGCGCGGUUUUCUUAGCAAGCUGUGGGACACAAGCAGUUAUAAGAGCAGGCCUCAGUCGUGGCUGGUUUAAUUAGACUCAAUCAUCUUCACCUGCGGCAUAAAAGCCUCCAUGAAAGCAGGAAAGUGGCAAACAAAAGUGAAACUCGAUGUCCAAGUAUGACUCUAAAGCUUCGGACCGACCCUCGACUCUUUGACCUGCACUGCUCUGUAGGUUUAACGGACUGGGACAUGGACAAAGAGUUAAAACUGGCGACAACAACUGAUCAGUUUUACGAUGAUGAUAACCUUGGCGAUCAAUAUGUUGUUCAGAGACCAUCGGCAAGAGCCUGCAGAAGAAAGGAUGAGUUCAUCUGGUAUGAUAAAACAUCAGACACCUUUGUGAAACCGAACCCAUGGCUGCUAGUCAAUCCUAACAUCGCCUGCCCUUUAUUCUACGGAGAACCUGCAAAAGAUCCGAAGCCGAUCCAAGACUUGCCAGAGCCAAUUCAAAAACCGACUGGGGGUUCGCCAGCCGAAAACGUGCACAUGUUGUCUUCCCAAGACGAAAUGUUGCAUGUUGGCUCCCCCUCCACGGAUGAAGCUGCCUCUUAUCAGACUACACACAGCAGACUCGGUGUGGGAAGAGCGAAAGCGAGGGACAAUAAGCCCUUGAAGGUGGGAGGUUGGCCUCGUCCGCCAGUAAAUUAUUGCAUCCUCAUCGCUCUGGCGCUUAAGAGCAGCCACACAGGGUGCCUCAAAGUGCAGCAGAUUUACAACUUUACCAGAGAGCAUUUCCCUUUCUUUCAGACCGCUCCUGACGGAUGGAAGAACACAAUUCGACACAAUCUCUGCUUCAACAGCAGCUUCUGCAAAACCUGCAAUCAGAUGUCCAAAGAUGGCAAAAGAAAGUCCUGCUUCUGGCACCUGACUCGAGAUGGGCAGCGCCGACUGAAAGAUGAGUUCAGCAUGUUGACGAAGAAUUCUCUCAAGCAGUUGGAGAGGAGCAUGUCUUGCCCAGAUAUAAUCGGACAACUGCUGGCAAUGUGAUUUUCCAGUUGCCAAAAGGACUUGAAGAAUAAACAAAUGCAUCUCCAACUUUAAUAUAUGCAUUUCGCCCUACGUUAUGAUAAAUUAUUUGAUAAGAUUUCUUUGAUUUCACAUUUGAUGGCUUUUGGAAGAAAAUGUUGGAUUUGUUUGUUUAAAAAGGCCAGCCACAGUGGCAAUAUAUGGUAAAGAAAUUAUUUCAAAUAAAAUGAUGCAGUUAA